CAAGUUAUACAUCCAAAAGAUAGAUUACCAAAAUUCCUUCCCGGGGAUUAUAUUGAAAUUAUGAGUGAAGCAAAUAAUCAUGUAGUUAUUAGACCGUAUACUCCACUUCAAGGACCAUCUGAAAAUAGCUUCUGCAUUUUAGUUAAGAUAUAUAAAGAUGGGGCAAUGAGCCAACAUUUGGAAUUUUGAGAUUAAAGUGAGAGGACCAUUCGACAUAGCUGAUCGAAUGGUACAAGUGUCUUCACCAUCUUUAAAACCAGCUUCAAUACAUAGUAGACCAUCAUCACCUCCAUUGCCUUCACCUAAUACUGGUAAUGAUAAUUUUUCCGCUAUCUAUAGCGACAAAAUUAAACAACGUUCACAAUAUGGUAGUAUAAGAGGAGGACAAUCAUUGUAUAGUUUUGGUGAUAGUAAUAUACAAGGUUAUAAUUUGAAUACUUAUGAUCAUCUACUUGAAGGUAGAAGUGGAAUAUUGUUAAAUAAAGAGAGAGAAGAUUUAUGUUGGGAUCAUUUAUUUAUGGUUUGUGGCGGCACUGGAAUUACUCCAAUGUUACAAUUGAUACAAUAUCAUAUGGAUAAAGCCACUUCGGGUUCCAAAUUUAAUUUAUAUUUAUUAAACGCAAAUGAUACAAUCGCAGAUUUAAUUCAACCACAAUAUUUAGAUUAUUUAUGUACAGUACUCAAGGGAAAACUCAGAAUUACUUAUAUUUUAUCAAAACCACCGCCAAUUUGGAAAGGAUUAAGUGGACAGAUUGAUGAUGGUUUAUUAUUUGAUUGGAUUCAUCAAAAUUAUUCUGUACCUCCACCGGCAAUUCCACCAAGAUUAUCUAAUUAUGGUAGCGCAGGUGGAAGCAAUACAAAUAGUAUGAUCAGUACUAGUACUAUUACAAAUCAAAAUCAACCUCCUCCUAGGCCAAGGAAUUAUGGUAAAGGCCCAACGAGUGAAUAUGAUGAAUUUGAAGAAAUUAUAGAACCAACAAGACAACAGCAACAAAGAAGACAAUAUAAUGAUGAAGAAUUAUAUGAUUCACAAUAUCGUAAUAGAAUUCCACCGCCUUCCCCAUUACAAAUUCCAGUAGAAACACAAACAUCACCUUCUGAUCCUCAUUUGUCUUUUAAUUCACAGAAUUUACCAUAUUAUUUUUCACCUUCACUUUAUAAUCCACAACAGACAAAUGAAAUAAUAAUAUUAAAUGAACGAUAUAAUUAUAUGAGAUCGUUAGCAGCAGAUAAUACCAAUCAAGUUAAAUUGGUUGUAUGUGGUACCAGUAGAUUUAACGAUAGUAUUAAAAAGUGUUUGGAAAAAUUAGGUUUCCCUAUCGAUGAAAAAGCUUUAUUUAUUUCAUAAUUAUAAAUAGUUAAAUAGUUUUUUUUUUUUUGAAAAAGAAAAAAAAAAAAAUGUAAAAGGCAUUCAUUAAUUAUAUGUAUAUAUUUUAGUUACAUUGGGAUUUUUUAUGAAUAAAUUAUAAUACAAAAAUUAUCAUAUAUCACAUGAUUAAAACGUCAUUAAUA